UAUAUAUAUAUGCUACCACGUUGAGGUGACCAUCAUCAACUUCAGUGCUUUGAAAAAUUCUAGCUUCCACUCAGCCUACUCCCACCCAUAUCAAUGGCUUCCUCUUCAAUACUUGUGUUGAUGUUGUCUAUGUUAGUUGUUGCCUCUGGAGGCAACUUCAACCAGGACUUUGACAUCACAUGGGGUGAUGGCAGGGCCAAGAUACUCAACAAUGGACAGCUUCUCACCCUCUCCCUUGACAAGGCCUCUGGCUCUGGCUUCCAGUCCAGGAAUGAAUAUCUGUUUGGGAAGAUUGACAUGCAGCUGAAACUUGUGUCUGGUAACUCUGCGGGCACUGUCACUGCCUACUAUUUGUCUUCACAAGGGUCUGCCCAUGAUGAAAUCGACUUUGAAUUCCUGGGGAACCUCAGUGGUGAUCCAUAUAUCCUCCACACUAAUGUGUUCAGCCAAGGCAAGGGAAAUAGAGAGCAGCAGUUCUACCUCUGGUUCGACCCAACUGCUGACUUCCACACCUAUUCCAUCCUCUGGAAUCCCCAGCUGAUUAUCUUCUCUGUGGAUGGCACCCCCAUCAGACAGUUCAAGAACUUGGAGUCCAAAGGUGUUGCAUACCCAAAGAACCAGCCCAUGAGGAUAUACUCCAGUCUCUGGAAUGCUGAUGACUGGGCAACAAGAGGCGGGCUUGUGAAGACAGACUGGAGCCAAGCACCAUUCACUGCCUCCUACAGGAACUUCAAUGCUAAUGCUUGUGUGUGGUCUUCUGGAUCAUCUUCUUGCAGCAAAAAUUCCAGUUCUACUACCUCCAACGCUUGGCUCUACCAGGAGCUGGACUCUUCAAGCCAAGAGAAGCUCAAGUGGGUGCAGAAGAACUACAUGAUUUACAAUUACUGCACAGACACAAAGCGUUUCCCACAGGGCCUUCCUCCUGAAUGCACUGCCACAAACAACUCCUAGAAAGAGCACAGCCCAUGUUGCCAUUCACACCCAUUAUUUCGUUCUACUUCCCUGUAAAUUUUGAACUAUUUUUGUUAAGAAAAGCAUGAAAUCAAUCCUACAGUAUAAUAAUUAUUACUUUGUCAAUGAAUGAUAUUAAAAGCUUUUCUGUCACAA